AUGGAAUGGGGAUUUUCCAAAUUCAUCUCUAAGAAGAUUCUCUUGGAUCCAUCAAAUGGAUACCUAAUGAACGACAACUGUGUGUUUGGUGCCGAGGUUUUCGUCUUGAAAAGAGAAGCGAUCACUGAAAAUCUGUCUCUCGAGAGCUGCAUCGCUCCUUACAAACGUGAUUGGAAAAUUGCAAACUUCUCCAAAUUGGGACACGAAUGGAAGUCUAAAGAGUUCAGUGUCGGAGGUCACAAAUGGGCGAUUUAUCUUUACCCCAAAGGAUACGAAGAAUCAGCUGGCCAACACGUUUCUGUGUUUUUGGGCUUUAUUGGCUCCGGGAUUUGUACGCCUUCCAAAAAAGUGAAUGCGUCUUUCACCAUACGCAUCAAAAGCCAGAUUAAUUGUCAACACAUUCAACUAAUUGAAACGCACUGGUUUUCAGGUUCAAUCAAUGACUGGGGAACGUUCUCGUUCGUUGACCUUGCAACUAUUAAUGAUCCGAAAAAGGGAUUUAUUGUCAACGACUGUUGUCUUCUAGACAUAAAAAUGACUGUCAAAGGUGUUGCACAAGUAUCUCCCCAGUAA